AUGCCUUCCUUGACCCUUCCCUCCGUCCCUCGCUAUGUUCCUCCCCCACUCACUAAAGAGUCAUGUAUGUAUCUAUUCUCCUUCAGCAUCACUGGGUACACAACGGUUGUCAUCACAGUGGAGUAUGCAGACUUAGCCUUCAUUGAUUUCUCAAAAUUGGGCACCCCUGAGGGUCGUGCCGAACUUGCAACACAAGUGCGCGAUGCCCUCAGUGUGCAAGGCUUCUUCUAUGUUAUCAAUCACGGCUUGACUCAAGCUCAGAACGAGCGGAUUUUCGACAUUGGCGAUGUGCCGUUUACUCAAGUGUCGGACGAGGAGAAGCGAGCGUAUCAAUCAAAAAUCAGAGAGACGGGAUCAUACCAAGGGUACAAAUUCCGACAGUAUUGGUUCACCGUGAUGUCAAUGCUUAUGGCCAUGGGCAUGGAGCUGCCAGAGGAUGCAUUUGUGAACGUUUUUGGCUGGUCAGCUGAAGGAGAAACGUGGUACUACGUGGGGAUGACACUUCUGUGGAGUCAGCCUGUUGCCGCAUUACAGAUACUCUCGCCCGAUGGCAAGUGGCGCUGGGUCAAGCAUGUCGAAAACGCAAUAGUUGUUAAUGCUGGCGAUGCUAUGGAAUUCCUCUCGGGCGGGUUCUACAAAGCGACCAUCCAUCGUGUCGUCCAGCCGCCUGAAGAUCAACGAGGCCACACGCGCCUUGGCCUGAUUUACUUCACCGUGCCUGAUGAAGAUGUUAAACUAGUCCCGUUCACUGAAAGCCCCGUACUUCGGAGGGCGGGCAUAAAGCGGCGCUUUGAAGACGGUGAUGCCCCUAUGAUGCGAGACUACAGGAUAGGUCGCGCAAGCAACUUUUUGAAGGCGAAGUUGCAGAAAACGGGGAACGGAACUGAAGAAGGCACCAUCUUGAACGGAAUCACGGUAACAUUCUACGAUUAG